AUGGCCACCUCGACAGACACGGAACACCGCGACCACCACCACGACGACCACCGGAACCACAACCACCACCACUACGGCCGUCCGGUGCUCCCGCGGCCGCAGCAGCAGCAGCACCACUAUGCGUACAAGACCGUGGCCAAGAAACAACGGUCGUCGUCGGCCGGCGGCAAGAAGAAAUCCACCGGAAACCGCAGGCGGCGUCUGACGCACGUGUUGGCCGGCAUCGUUCUUGGCCUGUUUUUCGGUUACACGUUCGGCGGAUCGUACGGCCGAUUCCGGUUGUACGCCGGUUGCGGCGGAGGCGGUAGCGAUGGCAGCAGGCACGGCGUGCUGCGACCUCUGCAGCCGCUGCAGCAAUCGUCGCAGGCCCACGACGACGACGACAGCGGAGCGAGACCCGCGGCCGGACAUGCAGGGGGAGCCGGAGGUCCGCCCGAAUCGCUGCUGUUCGUCGGCGUGAUGACGGCCAACCGGUACUUGGCCACCAGGGCGGCCGCAGUCCACGGCACGUGGGCGCGUCGUGUGCCCGGCCGCGUCAUGUUCUACAGCUCGGAAACGUCAGUCCUUCCACCAGGUGUGGCCGACCUGCCGCUCGUCCGGUUGCCGACGGUGGACGACUCGUACCCGCCGCAGAAGAAGUCGUUUCUGAUGCUGCAGCACAUGUGGGACAACUAUGGUGGCGCGUACGAGUGGUUCAUGCGGGCCGACGACGACGUGUACGUGCGUCCCGACCGGCUGGCCGCGCUGCUCCGGUCCGUCGACAGCCGCAAACCGGUGUUCAUCGGACAGGCUGGCCGGGGGAACCAGGAGGAGUUCGGUCUGCUCAGCCUCGAGUAUGACGAGAACUUCUGCAUGGGUGGUCCUGGCGUUAUCAUGAGCCGCGAGACCCUGGCCAGGGUGGUGCCGCACAUCAAACACUGCCUGAAGAACCUGUUUACCACGCACGAGGACGUCGAGCUUGGCCGGUGUGUGCAAAAGUACGCGGGAGUGUCUUGCACGUGGUCCUAUGAGGUAAAUUGUUAUUUUAUAAUUAUUCGCAACGAUCGCUGCAUUGUUGUUCCAAUAUUUUUAUAUGGGAUAAAUAACAAAAGAUGA